AUGGUGAUGAAAAGCAACGAGAGGCCGGACUUGGUCCCUCGACCCCUCCAACAGGCCGCAAACAAUCCACCAUAUCCUACCACUCCCAACACCGACAUGCCUCCUACCUUCCUCGACGGUGCUCAGGGUAGCCGGCCAUCUGCAGAGUUCCCCACACCCGGCUUCAAGGAUGGCGGGGCAGCUUCCGCUCCGCGGUCUAGGAGCAACUCGGACGUCGGUUCUGUUGAUACAUGGGACACGGAUGACGGUGAGGACGCAGCAGACCAUACACCGGAAGACCUGCCCGCGCCGCUCAAGGUUGCCCAGGGUCAGCGUCCAGCCAGCCGAGACGAGAAUGGUUUACCAGCAGCUCUACGAGUAGGGCCUCCCGAUGGCGUACCGAGGAGAUCACAGGAGAGCCAAAGGUCGGACGGGGUUCGACCAAUCUCUCCCAAUGUUACAGGGAGCUCAUACCGCGAGCCAAUCCCUCUCCAGUCCCAGAACCCUUACUUGCGAAUGCAGUCAACCGGGCAGUCAAGCUAUGGGGUUGAAAGCAGCGCCUCAAUAUGGGGCGAUGUGCCUGCGUCGGCGCCAGUAGCCUCUCAGAUCAAUGCCCAGCCUGUGGAGUUACCGUCAGACCGCUCGCCGGUAGAGGGCGUGUCCAAGUUGUCGCUCAACACACAGUCAGGCACCAGCUCCGGCCAAGCAAUGCCGCCGUCACCUGCCUCGAAGCAGCCACCCUUGAUACCGGUAGAGACAGAAAGACCGUCGCCGGAACCGAGGCACCAUUCGAAUGCCUCCAGCGCAUGGGAUCCGGGGAUGGAUAUCUCUUCACUGGAUGCAUUCACAUCGAGGAACCAUCGGCUACCUUCAGGACAGUCCGAUAGCCCCCAACAACUCCACCGCACCUGGCAGGAGCAACAAGCUUGGGAGCAGAAAGAAAGGGAGAGGCGGGAGAUGGAGGCAGCGGCUGCGACAGAGCGUGCCGCGAAAGCCGAGCAGGAACGGAAGGCAGAAGAAGAGUGGCACAGGGGUGAACAAGCUGCGAUAACAAACCUGGACCAUACUGUGCCUGCACAAGAAAUCGCUCCAGAGCUGCCGCCACGGACGUCUACAGAAGGGGUACCGCAGCCGAAGCCUCCGCGGCCACAAGUAGACGUCGGGCUUAACGGUCCUGCAUCCAGUAGGCCAGAAGUGGAGACUCCGAUAACCAGAGCCAACAGGCAAAGGAAGGAGCAUUACCAGAUUAAGCACAUCCAUUGGUAUGAUGCGAAUAAGCGCAGUCUCAGGCCGGCACCGAUUCUCAUCCAGAACGCCAAUGGCCCGUGUCCCCUGCUUGCACUAGUCAAUGCCUUAGUCUUAACGACACCCGCUGGUGAAGAAACAGCUCUGAUUGAGACUUUGCGAACGCGGGAGCAGGUGUCCCUGGGCUUGCUCUUGGAUGCAGUCUUCGACGAGCUGAUGUCCGGACGUAGAGGUGGAGCUGCGCAAGAGCUGCCGGAUGUAGGCGACCUGUACGGGUUUUUGAUCACAUUGCACACUGGCAUGAAUGUCAAUCCGCGAUUUGUUGCGCCGAAGGCCGCCCCAAACCUGAUGGACUCGAGCGCGGCCGCAUUAGCUGACGUCCACCCGGCGCUUCGUGGCCAAGCAAGAACAGGUGGUUUCGAGGAGACGAAGGAAAUGCGGCUGUACAGCACGUUUAGCAUACCACUCAUCCACGGUUGGAUUCCCCCGAGCGAGUCGGGCGCAUAUGCAGCUUUUGAGAGAUCGGCAAGAACGUUCGAGGACGCCCAAAACAUUCAGUUCAGGGAGGAAGAGCUGGAACACAAAUUGCAGUCGCACGGUCUCUCGCCUGAAGAGCAGAAUCUUUAUGAAGACAUCCACUGCAUUAAAGACUUCCUAGAGAGGUGGCCCACCCAGCUGACCGACUACGGGCUUGAAACAAUCUCCAAAACCCUCCAGCCGGGACAAGUAGCUAUCCUGUUCCGCAACGACCACUUCUCCACGCUCUACAAGGAGCCUCGGACACAUCAGCUGCUAACCCUCGUCACCGACGCCGGCUACUCAACUCACGACGAGAUCGUCUGGGAAAGCCUAGUCGACGUGAAUGGCCAAGGCAGCGAGCUCUACUCCGGCGACUUCCGACCCGUAGGCGGCGCCUCAGACUCCACUCCCGCAGGCCCGCGAACAAGCUCCCAGCAGCAGCGACCAGUGCAAAGCAUGCUAGACGUCGGCGACAGCGGCUGGACCACCGUACAGUCCCGCAACCGCAAACCCACACCAAGCACGGUAUCCAACGCCUCCACCUCCGCCCAACAAACCGGCGUAGUAGGCGGCACAAGCCAGUCCGGCACAACCGCCCCGCAGAGCUCCUCCGCCAACAUCAUCGGCGUCAAACAAGCCAAAUCCACCCUCUCAAAAGCCGAGCAAGAAGACCACGACCUCGCCCUCGCGCUCCAGCUCCAGGAAGAAGAAGAAGACCGCCUGCACCGCGAGACCGAGGCGCGUCGCCGGCGCGAAGACCAGCUGACGCAGCAGCUCCUCAGCCAUGAAAACAACGACCACGAGGCUAUCCGCAACACGAACCAGAACCGGCGGCCGCAGGGCCAGGAGAUUCGCCCGCUUAUCCCGCCGCGACGGUCUGGGAAUGUUGGUCGGCAGAGCGGAGGUGGGGCGACAGGGCAGAGGGACGACCUUCCGCCUCCAACCUACGAACAAGCCGCCUCCGGCACGCCGUAUCACCCGCCACGAGGCCAUCCCGCGAGUCCGCACGCGCCGAUCAGCAGACCAUCUGGCCCCGGUGGCGCCACCGGCGGGGGCGGGAGGCAGCAGAGCGCGUAUAUGCAGCAGGCGGCUUCGACGCAGCCGAUGCAGCCACCGAUGUUGGAUGCAGGGAGGAGGAGGAGCUCGAGGCCGCUUGUGGAGCAGGUACCGAGUCAUUCAAGCGCGGGGCCGGGACCGGGGCCGGGGCCGGGGAGGAGGGUUAGUGGGGCGCAAGGAGUUGGGAGACCGGGGGGUGGAAACGUGGAGAAGGAGGAGAAGUGCGUUGUCAUGUAG